UCCUCAUGGGCCUCACGCCGCUGCGUCUUAGGCCUAUUCAUGACCUGUGGUGGCAACUGAUGGGCUCCUUCGCGGCCCGUCAUAUCCCCGGCCAUGGCGAGUUUGUGGAGCGGGCGACAAAGAUCGUCGCCACCCGACAUGUCAAGGAAGUGCCGCGGCUGGUGGCCAUCAAACUGCGGCGUUCAAUCGUGCGUCGCCGGUACCAGCAGCAGUACUAUGAACAUGGCGGCGGCGAAGCCGACUCUAACGCCAGCCAUACACACUUUAUCGGCGUGCUGAAGCAUGUGGAGAAAAUGCUCAUGCCCAUCUUGCCGAGACAGUUCCAAGAAUGCGACCAAAGGAGAAUCGAGCGCGGAAAUGCAUGGCCUGAGCUCCGAAACUUCCUGGAUACCACGGGGCCCGACACCUUCUUCCUCUACAAGACUCUCUUCUACAAAGACGGCACUAUCUGGGUUAAUGCUUUCCCCGCUAUACGCGCAAUAUGCCACCUGGACAGCGCAGGACAGCAGGGAGAGGUGCUGGCGGAUGGAUGCCCCUAUCGUGGACACGGGCUGAAUGAAGAGGGAUGCCAGGAGCCACCACCCGUGUCCCGGGACGAGAUCCCCAUACCGGGUAUGAAGGUGCCGGCUGGAACGUUUCAGGCGUUCAACGUCUGGUACAUGCUGGCCUCAGAAGGGAGAUAUGGCGCCCAGACCGGCGGGUUCCUGGCGGAUGGGAUGGGUCGGACAAGACAUACACGGCGCUCGCCUUUCUCGCUACCAGCAGGGAGGUCUACCUGCACGGCGCUCUUGUAUGCCGUGAUGGUCCAUGGAGAUGAGGCAGUCGAAGCCCUCCUGGAGCAUGGUGCCCCAAGAACGCUGCACGGGAGCAUUGCGUGGUCCCGAUCGACGGUACGUCUGUUCCGGGAGGCGAGGCCAUGGGCCGCCGGUGUUGAGCUCCUGAUCCGAUAA